AUGUCCUCCAACACCCAUGGCCUCCCACUUCACACUCACAAGCCCUCUCGCCGAACCACCGCGAACCGCAUCUUCGCGGUGGUUUAUGCGUGUGCCACCUUAGCCUUACUUUCUCACCAUGCACUCUCUCUCCUCAACUCCACAACCCUCACCUCCUUCUUCAUCACCCUCACCUUCCUCAUCUCGGACUCUAUUCUUGCUUUCAUGUUCGCCACCACACAGUCUUUCCACAUGCGUCCGAUUUAUCGCAAGGAAUUCCCAGAAAACCUCAAAAGGGUCGUCGAAGAAUCGGAUUUUCCAGCACUGGACGUGUUCAUAAGCACUGCCGAUCCCUAUAAAGAGCCCCCAAUGAACGUUGUGAACACGGCCUUAUCGGUCAUGGCUUAUGAUUAUCCGAUACAGAAAGUUUCAGUGUACGUUUCGGAUGACGGGGGCUCGGCUCUGACUCUCUUUGCUCUCAUGGAGGCUGCCAAGUUUGCAAGCCAUUGGUUACCUUUCUGCAGGAACAACAACAUAGUUGAGUGCAGCCCGGAAGCUUAUUUUGCCAUAGAUCGUGAUUCUCACCUUUCUGAUCAAGUUGAGAAUAUUAAGGUGAUGUACAAAAGAAUGAAAGCGAGGGUUAAAAAUGUAAUUGAGAGAGGUAAAGUUGCCCAAGAAUAUAUAACCGGAGAAGAAGAAAUCCAGGCUUUUAGCAAAUGGACGGAGGAAUUUACACGCCAAGAUCACCCCACUGUCAUUCAGGUUUUAUUGGAGAGUAACAAAGACAAAGACAUCACAGGCAAUUUAAUGCCAAACCUAAUAUAUGUCUCGAGAGAAAAAAGCAAGACAUCAACCCACCAUUUCAAAGCUGGUGCGCUUAAUGUCCUGCUUCGAGUUUCAGCCAUCAUGACCAAUGCGCCAAUAAUUUUGACCCUAGAUUGUGACAUGCACUCUAAUGACCCUCAAACUGCACGUCGUGCGUUAUGCUAUAUAUUAGACCCUGAAGUUCGACCCAAGUUAGGCUAUGUCCAAUUUCCUCAGCUUUUUCGUGGCAUUAACAAAAACGACAUAUAUGCAUGCGAAUACAAGCGUCUGUUUCAAAUUGAUCCAAUGGGAAUGAAUGGGCUCUCUGGAUCAAAUCAUUUAGGAACAGGUUGUUUUUUCACUAGAAGAGCAUUUUUUGGAGGCCCCUCAAAUUUUUUGCCUCCUGAAAUCCCUCAGCUAAGUCCUAACAAGUUAGUGGACAAGCACAUUUGGUCUUCGGAGGUUAUGGAAUUGGCAUAUUGUGUUGCUGCUUGCAAUUAUGAGAACAAUACCAAUUGGGGCUUGAAGAUAGGUGUAAGGUAUGGCUCACUGGUAGAGGAUUACUUCACUGGCUAUCGUUUGCAGUGUGAGGGAUGGAAGUCAAUAUUUUGUCAUCCUGAUAGGGCAGCAUUUUAUGGAGAUAUCCCAAUCAACCUUGUUGAAGUGCUGAACCAAAACAAGCGAUGGGCCGUAGGCCUCCUUGAGGUGGCUUUCUCCAAGUUCAGUCCAAUCACAUUUGGCACUCGGGCCAUGGGCCCUUUGAUGGGCCUUGCUUAUGCUCACUCCGGAUUUUGGCCCAUUUGGUCAAUUCCAAUCAUCUCGUAUGCCUUCCUCCCCCAGCUAACUCUCCUCAAUGGAGUCACUAUCUUCCCGAAGGUUUUGGAGCCAUGGUUUCUCUUGUACGUGUAUCUUUUCCUCGGAGCAUACAUUCAAGACUUCCUAGACUUUGUGUUAGCCGGAGGAACAUUCUAUAGGUGGUGGAAUGACCAAAGGAUGUGGAUCAUUAGGGGACUCUCAAGCUACAUGUUUGGGUUCAUUGAGUUCUUGCUCAAGUACUCAGGCAUUUCCACACAUGGGUUUAAUCUGACAAGCAAAGUCCUUGACGAAGACCAAAGAAAAAGAUAUGAACAAGGGACCAUGGAGUUUGGUGUCUCAUCGCCCUUGUUUGUGCCCCUAACAAUGGCUGCCAUUGUCAACUUGGCUGCCUUCGCUUGGGGCCAUGUAGAGGUUUUCAGAGGCAACAAUAAUAAUCUGGAGGGAUUGUUUGUGCAGAUUUUUAUUGCUGGUUUUGGCGUAGUGAACUGCAUUCCAAUUUAUGAAGCCAUAAUUUUUAGGAGUGAUGGAGGAAAAAUUCCUAGAAAAACUAGCGUUGUUGCAACAUUUCUAGUAUUUCUUCUUUAUCUGGCAGCUCAUGUUACUCUAAGGAACUCAGCUGCCAAAAGUGUAUUUUAG